GGCAAAAUGUGUUUGCGAGGUUUUUUAAUAUAUGGCAGAUUUAAAAGACCUUGUAAAUAUUAACUAGUUUUCGAAAAUGUGAUUUAAUGUGUUACUAUUACAACAUUGUGUAUGUUAUAAUCACCAAUUACAUGCAUUGAUUAAGUUUAAUUGAUGUCUGUGCUUGGUCAAUAUAUGUGACAGCGUUUGUGUAGAUUGAUGUUUCUAAUACAAGAGAUCAUGUGUACCAGAAGAACAACAAUUUAAAAUAUCGUAUCAAGGGUUUGCUGUACUUUAUUCAAGAAAACGAUUUAUCAAGAUGAGUCAUUACUCUCCGUCCUAUAGACAGUCUGAGGUCCUCACAUCCUCACCACUACGCAGAAAAUCCAUGUUAAACCUUUCCAACAGUGAUGCAAGUCUUAGACAGAAUGACGAUGAUGCAGAACGUAUUGAACGACGGCGCAGUGCUCAGAUUGAGAUGUUUCGACGUGAUGCCUCCACUUCUGGAUCAAGUAGACAAAAAUCGAUAGGAGGGAUGAUUGCUGGGCUUUCAGCAGCACAGUUGGCUGAACAUUAUGCCUGUUGUAUUAAGCUCUCUGCUGAGAAUAAAAUCAGUACAAAAAAUGCCUUUAGCCUGCAGCUGAUUGACUACAUGACACUCAUGCUGAAGAAACGUGAUUCCAAAAUGGAUGAUUUCCAGGUGGCAAGUUGCACCUUAGAUGCAAGCACCAAGAUAUAUGCAUGUCGAGUCGACUGUGUGCAUAGGGAUGUUCUCAAAAUGGCAGCAGAUCUGGCCACGGGACAUCGCAAGAAACAAGCCGUUUCCGUAGGGACAGAAGAGGGAGAGGGAGAAGAGGAGAGAAGUGGUACUGAGGGGAAUGAUGAACUAAUUUAUACGAAGAAGAAAACGCGCAAGCCCAAGAAAACAAUUGUAACAAACGUGGAGACGCUGAAUGCGAAGAUAGAUGUGCAGCAUGUCCUUGAUCCCUCCCUGCGCUCUGCUGGUAAUAUAGGUGACUGCCACUUCUUGUCGAGCCUGAAGGUCCGUGCCAACUGCGCCUUAACAUUGUGUUCAGAUCUGCCAUAUUGGGACAACAAUGAAGAGCCUAUAAGUUCAGAGCAGUUCAAAGUGCGACUACCAUUUAUUCCAGAUUUAAAGGAUAAAGGGAUCUGUCCAGUGUUUUCACAGUUCUCAUUCACAAAAUGGUCUCUAGAUGCAGAAGAAGAUGAAAAUGAUCCUGUUGCAAAGGGUGCAGCAGGUUUAUUAGAAUCUUCUGAAGAUGAUGAUUUUGCUUUUGAUGUAAAUGCAGUUCCAGAACCAAUACCAACUGAAGAGACUGAGGCUCUAGUUGAUCAUUUUGAAGUUUCUGGAGUAGAUGAAGGCAUGGAUUCAGAAGGAGAGGAUACAGGAGCACCAGUUGCAUGCUGGCCAGUUCAAAGGGCACCUGCUGCAAAUGUAGUUGAUCUACGUAAACACCUUUCUGCAGCACCCAGCGAGUAUUCAUACUUCAGGGCAGGUGCCCUCGAUUUGUGGGCUGGCCCCUCACACUGGAAAAUUAAACCAUUUAAAGGUGUGGACCAGCAUAGGAACAGUGCUGCUUCUGCAAACACAGCUGGAGAUGAACCUCGAUCAGCUUCAGCCUGUAAGAAGCAGAAGCAAAAGAAGGAAUUUGUAGUUGAGUUUCUGAGAGAACACAACAGCGAUGCAUUUAUUCUAGAGACGAAUCCUCAGAAGCUGACACUAAUGAAGCGAACAAUGCAGAAAUUGUGGAGUGCAGACAAAAAUACCCUCCCUCCUGAUGUACACUUUGAUGUUAAAUGCUUCUCACAGUUGGAGCUGAGGAAGGUGGUUUGUGUGAGUGAACAUCCUGCCCCAUACGAGGGCGAUGAGCCGUCUUCUUACGAUUAUGAAAAUGAUCUUGACACUUCAGAAUACUGUCCGAACGUUGCUUUAAAUGAUAUGGAUGCUGCUGAUGAUGGUCCAGUUGAUAUCUUGUUAGCAAGUCAGCAUCAGGAUGUACAUAACAGCUUAACAGCAGAUGGGUGCAGGGACUUGGAUACAUUUGCUGGAGACAAUCUGGUAGCACCUCCAAGCAAGGUGGCAAGAAUUUUUAUUCCAUAUGCAAUGAGAGCUAAGAAGGUGGAUAUGAAGAAGCUUAAACAUGCUAUAUGGAGCAUUUUAACCAAAGCAGACAGUCAUAAGGACAAGGAUGAUAAUGACAUCCUGCAAGUAGAACGUCCUGUUACCUUCAAGAGCAUGUAUACUGCACUGCCAUCAAGACUGUCUUCAAAAUUAUUAGAGAAUAUAUGUGCACCCCUGGUUCUUGUUGCCUUGCUGCAUCUUGCUAAUGAAAAGACACUUCACAUUGUGGGAAAUGAAGAUCUUAGUGACUUAGUAAUUACACAAGGAUAGUAAUUACUUGGCUAUGCUUGUUGUAUUGUUGUGGCACUUGUUACAUACUUUACUUUUUAAAUUUCUGGAUGUGGAGUUAAUAGAAUCUGGUUUGGCACCAUGAAAUGUGUUUGUUAUGGCAUGUCUUGAAAAUAAAUAAUUAUAAUGGUUUGGAUCCUAA